AUGGCUGUUCAGGUUUGGGACAAGACAGUGACCAUAGGCCGUGCCGCCCCAGACAACAUACAGAAAUUUGCCUCCCUUCCGACAUAUCUACCUGUGCGGUAUCACAUCUCCAGUGCUGAGACUUCAUUUUUCCUCAAAGAAGCCAACCAGGAGUUCAUGAGAAACUCAAGUCUGCAAUCCCGGAUGGAAACCUUCUUUACGUACAAAGCCAAGAAGACCCCUGUCAUCAACGCUAGCUACGGGCCCUUCUCCGUGGAACACUCUGUGCCCCCAGACUUGCUCUUGACCACCAACAUUUUCAGAUCUGCCAACACAUUUACCUUCAACUGGAAGCUGAAAGCCUACAUCAUGAACGAGAAAGUCUACCUGACCAGGCCCAAAGUCCAAGUUCUGUUUUACAUUGUGGGAAGGGAUUGGGACGACUACAGCACCACAGAACAGCUGCCGUGCAUGCGGGUCUUUGCUUUCUGGGAAACAAGGGAAGUUCGGGGCAGCUGCAGGCUGAAGGGUGACCUGGGGUUAUGUGUGGCUGACCUGGAGCUCCAGCCGGCCUGGUUUAACCCCCCAACAGUGGUUACUGGCCGCAAGAAAGCAGCCGAUCAUUCUGAAAGAAGCUCUGUGGAGCUUUACUAUGCCAUUCAGCCUGGGGAUGAGAAUGGAGAGUGUCCCACUGAAGACUUAAGGAAGGGUAAUGCAAUCCGUCCAGGGAAGGAGGGGGCAGGGGAAACAAUGUCCCACUUACAAAGAAUUGGUUCCAUCACCCUCUACCAAACCCCGGAGAGCCCUCCACUGACAGAGCUGUGGUUGGACAGCAGCAUCAUCGUCCGGCUACCAUCAAAACCCAUCAGACAAGGAGAAGUGAUGAGCACCUCAGUGGCAGUCCGAAACAACAUCACGCUGGACCAGUUCAUCCUGAGGGCGAAGGUGAAGAAAGGUGUGAACAUCCUGAACGCGAAGGCCAGUGACCCCCGAGAGUGGGAAGUGACCCAGGAGGUGGGCAACGGUGGGAAACAUUCAACCACAACGGUGAUGUGUCAGAGAAUAAUGCCGAGUUCCCGGAGCAGAAGCUCCAGCAUCGCAUUCAGUGAGGUUGUGCAGUUGAACUUCGAAAUCGCCAGCUUCAGCAGCCUUUCGGGCACACAGCCGAUCACGUGGCAGGUGGAGUACCCCCGGAAGAGGACGACGGACACCACCCUGUCUGAAAUCUUCAUUUGCCAGAAGGACCUCGUGCGGAUCGUGCCACUGGCAAUGGACACAGAGAUCCUGAACACGGCCAUCCUCACAGGGAAGACUGUGGCAGUCCCUGUCAAAGUGGUUUCGAUCGAAGAGAACAGCGCGGUGACGGACAUCUCAGAGUCGGUCGAAUGCAAGUCCUCUGCCGAGGAGGUCAUCAAAGUUUCUGACCGGUGUGACUACGUUUUUGUCAAUGGCAAGGAGAUCAAAGGCAAGGUGAAUGCACUUGUGAAUUUCACCUACCAGUACCUGAGCGCUCCUCUGCAGGUCACCGUUUGGGUCCCACGCCUCCCUCUCCAGAUUGACGUGUCAGACACAGAGCUGAGCCAAAUAAAGGGAUGGAGAGUUCCUGUGGUUUCAAACAAGAGACCUACGCGUGACAGUGAGGAUGAGGAUGAAGAUGAGCGGAAGGGGAGAGGCUGCACCCUGCAAUACCAGCAUGCCAUGGUGCGCGUCCUUACUCAGUUUGUGGCUGAGGACAGCAGCCCAUGGGGGCAGCUCACCUAUCUGCUAGGUUCCGACUGGCAGUUUGAUGUCACAGAUUUGGUGACAGACUUCAUGAAGCUUGCAGAGCCUCACGUGGCCCGGCUGCAAGGAGGGAAGGUUCUCAUUGGACAGGAAGUCGGCAUGACAAUGGUCCAGGUGCUGUCUCCACUGUCCGACUCCAUCUUGGCAGAGAAGACCGUGACAGUGUUGGAUGACAAGGUGACCAUCAUGGACAUGGGUGUGCAGCUGGUCGCUGGGCUGUCACUCUUCCUUCAGCCCAGUGCAGCGAGUAACCGGGCUGUUCUGGCGACUGUUGUUGCUCAGGAGUUGCUGUAUACCCCCGAACAGGAAGCAGUGGUCAGCUCCUGGAUUCAGUUCAGCGAUGGCUCUGUGACUCCCCUGGAUAUUUAUGACCCCAAAGACUUUUCCCUCUCUGCUUCAUCACUUGAUGAAUCGGUCAUUUCAGCCCAUCAAAGCCCGGCAGCUGCAUGGCCUGUGGUUGCAGCAGAAGGUGAAGGGCAGGGUGCACUGGUUAAAGUGGACAUGAUGAUAUCUGAAGCUUGCCAGAAGUCCAAAAGGAAAAGUGUCCUGGCGGUGUGUAAUGGGAGCAUCAAGGUGAAGUUUGGCCAGAAUGAUGCCGACACCCAUAGUGUGGGUGACUACGAUGCCGAUGAGAUUGAAAACCACGCGAGCGACCGGAGGCAGAAGGCGUUGGACCAGGAGCGGUACGGCCAAGAUGGACGAUACUAUGGGAGUUCUGCUGAGCGAGAGGAAGGCACUGCCCGGAAAGCUGGCACCACGGCCAAGUCUACAGUUAGAGGUAAGAUCUUGAAAAGCAGUCGGGAUGGAGAAAAGCUGUCCGAUGAGGGGCAGCUCCAGAACAUCCCGAUAGACUUCACCAACUUCCCAGCUCAGAUUGACCUUCCCAAAAGCCAUGGGGGCCUGGAGGAAAAUGACCUGGUGCAGGCGCCCAGGGGCCUCAGCGACCUGGAGAUCGGCAUGUACGCCCUGCUUGGAGUCUUCUGCCUCGCCAUUCUAGUCUUCCUGAUCAACUGCGCCACUUUCACCUUGAAAUACCGGCACAAGCAAGUGCCGGUGGAGGGACAGGCCUCCAUGAGCCACUCGCACGACUGGGUGUGGCUUGGGAAUGAGACCGAGCUGAUGGAGAACCAGGUGGAUCUCUCGCCCCGGCAAGACGAACGCACAACCAACGUUGACCGAGGGAUGGGUCUGGAGGAGAGCAACCAACUCCUCAAUGGCAGCACGCCAAAAAGCAUUCAGAGACAAAUCCACCGGUUGGCUGACUCAGGGAGCAAACCGGGGAGAGAGGCAAAGCUGGAGUCUUCUUUGCAUUCCCCCACCUCCAAGCGAAAACGCGUCAAGUUCACCACGUUCACCACCAUUCCUCCAGACGAUGGUUGCCCCACCGUCAACUCCCUCCUGAAUUGCAACGAAGAUGACAUUAAAUGGGUGUGUCAAGAUAUGGACUUGGGGGAAACAGCAGAGAUCAGAAAAUACAUGGAGAAGCUCAAAGACACAGUGUAG